GAAACAAGAGAGAAGAGGCGGCACUCGUAUCUUCACCAGGCACAAGCCAGCAGGCAGCAGUCUUUGAACUCCAGGAAUGGAACAGUUCUCAGAUUUCCAGUGAAACAGAUGUCUCCCUCAAGGAAGAGCACUGGAAUUCCUAGAAAACGGCAGGACAGUAAACCAUCUACAAACCCGAACAAAACCUCUGAAGAUCAUGAAAGCCACCUGACUCAUCAAAUAGAUGGUCUGGUCCUUAGUGAGAAAGAUAGUUCAGAAUCUAGCUCAUGUAACACCGGUCAAGAGUCUCACAACCCUCAAACUUCACCCCAGCUUAUUGUCAACCAGAAAUUUGUAAGCAAACAUGAUGAGACAGCUUGGAUUGAUGGUUUUUCCAUAGUAGAAACACAAAAUAUAGAUCCAAUAGAACUGCUGACCUUUCAAACUAUAUCUACCAGGAAGGAAGAACAAAUUUUGGAUAUUGGCAAUAAAGAUGUCAAAGAAGAAUUCGAUAUUGGAACCAAAAAAGGAGUAAUCCAAGGACAGCUGUUAGAAGAAGAAACAGAGUCUUAUUCAGAGCUACACCUUGGUAGUAAGGAGAACCAUGAAACUGAAGGACUUCAGCCUAAAGUAGCAUCUGACGUCCUUAUCCAGUCUGAAGCAGAUACUUUAAAUAACCCACAAGGAGAUGUAAGCACCAAAACACAGAGUCAAGAAGAUGCCACAUCAAGUCAUGAACACUUGAAGAAAAGUCCCAGGGUCAAAACAAAAAGUAAAAAUGUCACAUUAGGUCACAAUCAACUGAAAGUAAGUCCUAGAGCUAUUGAUUCAGACACUACAGAUGAGAGGUGUGUGUCAUUACCAGCAAAACAGGACCCAAUAACACUAAAAACCACCAUGGACUUCAGCCAAACCUCAAGCCCAGCCGAGGAAAACAUAGCAGACACAGGAGCAUCUAGCAGCGAAGGGGACACCAAGUCACAGAUUUCUUCAUGGAGGAAUGAUGUCAUAAGGAGGAGUCAGGGAGUACUGGUACUGACAAGAAAUACAGAUGAAAAUGCCAUCUUCAUCCCUAAACUUAAAUUUGAGUUUACUCCUGACAACAGCAUAGACUGGACUACAUUACCUCAGCUGCUAACAAACAAACACAGCAAUCACGUCAAAGAGAAAGACCCCAGUAUUACAAUGCCAUGCACCCCUAGAGGACCGUCAUUUAGCAAAAGUAUCCUGAAGAAGUCCUCUGCUUCUCAAGGAUUUAUUCCAACUGCAAGGAGCAACUCUGAAUCUAUUCCAGGAUCGUUUGGAGCAGAAAAUUCUGCACAAGACAGUGUCCCUCCCCUCCAUGGGAUAGUGGACCUGUCCAUUUCAUUUCAAGGUAAAUAUGAGGGAGAUGAAAUACCAAAAGACAUUCCCAAAUUAUUACUGAUGGAGGAAGAUAGCGAUGAGGAUUAG